AUUUAUUAGCUUUAAAUCUCUUCAUUACACCUCUCUUCACUCUUCACCUCUCUCUCUCUCUCUUUCUUCACUGCUCUCACUCACAACACUCAACACAACAAUGGCAGUAGUGAAACCAACAAGACCUAGCAGCCCUUUAACCACCGCCGUUUUCUUCUUCCUCCUCCACUACACCGCCGCUAUCGACAACCCCGAUACCCAGCCUCUCCUUCUCUUCAAAUCUACCGCCGACCCCAACGCCACUGUUCUCACCUCCUGGAACUCAUCCUCGGAUCCAUGCACCGACUCUUGGGUCGGUGUCUCAUGCCUUCGCAACCGGGUCACCCGUUUGGUCCUUGAAAAACUGGACCUCAAUGGCAGUUUCCCACGUUCCCUCACCUCUCUCACCCAACUCCGGGUUCUCAGCCUCAAGCAAAACGGGUUUUCGGGUGAAAUUCCGGACCUUUCCAACCUUACCAGCCUUAAAUUACUCUUCCUUUCUCACAACCGUUUUUCCGGCGACUUCCCUGCUUCGUUGUCUUCGGUUUCGAAACUUUACCGCCUUGACCUGUCUUACAAUAAUUUUUCCGGGAGCAUACCGUUGAGCGUGAACCGGUUGACGCAUUUAAUGACGUUGAAGCUGGAAGAAAAUGGGUUCACGGGUUCUAUUCCGGCCUUGAGCUUACCGAACUUGCAGGAGUUUAAUGUGUCAGGAAAUGGGUUGACAGGGCAGAUACCUGUUUCACUUUCGGGUUUCCCUGCGUCUUCGUUUUGGAACAACCGAGUUCUUUGUGGGCCACCAUUGGAGAAGUGUAAGGUGGUUUCUAGCGAUCCGACCCGACCCGGAGGGGCAAUGGCUUCGCCCCUGAGCCCGAGGACGACGGUUGCGUCGUCUCCAACCGCAAUGCCGUCGGAGUCAAAGCCGCUGAUUAAAUCAGGAACUACCCACCGAAGUAAAAUCAGCUCGCUGGCCAUAAUCGGCAUAAUACUCGGCGAUGUCUUGGUUUUAGUGUUAGUUUCAUUGCUUCUAUAUUGCUAUUUCUGGAGAAAUUAUACCAAUAAAUCCAUGUCCGGCAAAAGUAGCGGCUCCCACGUUGAGAAAAUUGUUUAUUCGUCAAGCCCAUAUCCUAACCCGGCCCAUUCGGGACACGAGAGGGGGAAGAUGGUCUUUUUUGAUGGGGAGAGGAGGUUCGAGCUGGAGGAUUUGCUGAGGGCGUCGGCGGAGAUGCUGGGGAAAGGCGGAUUUGGAACUGCGUAUAAGGCGAUUCUGGAUGAUGGAAACGUGGUGGCAGUGAAGAGAUUGAAGGAUUUGAGUGUGAAUGGGAAGAAAGAAUUUGAGCAGCAAAUGGAGGUUCUGGGCAGGCUUAAGCAUCCGAAUUUGGUCGGGUUGAAGGCUUACUAUUUUGCUAGGGAUGAGAAGUUGUUGGUCUACGAUUACAUGCCCAAUGGCAAUUUGUUUUGGCUGCUUCAUGGCAACAGAGGACCCGGAAGAACUCCACUAGACUGGACCACAAGAUUAAAGAUUGCAGCUGGGGCAGCUCAAGGCUUAGCCUUCAUUCACAACUCAUGCAAGUCCCUUAAGCUCAUGCAUGGGAACAUCAAAUCCACAAACAUUCUCAUUGACAGGGAUGGCAAUGCCAGAGUGUCUGAUUUCGGCCUCUCUGUUUUUGCAUCACCGUCCUCAGUCCCGAAAACCAAUGGCUACCGUGCCCCUGAAGCAGCACUUGACGGUCGAAAACUAACCCAAAAAUCUGAUGUGUACUCCUUUGGGGUCCUCUUACUAGAGCUGCUAACCGGAAAAUGCCCGUCUAUCACUGACAUAAGCGGUCCUGGCUCAGGGUACAGCAGCGUCGUUGACUUGCCGAGAUGGGUCCAGUCUGUAGUGAGAGAGGAAUGGACUGCUGAGGUCUUUGAUCUGGAGCUUAUGAGGUAUAAGGACAUUGAAGAGGAAAUGGUGGGGUUGCUGCAGAUCGGGAUGGCUUGCGCCCAAGCCUCGCCUGACCAGCGGCCGAAGAUGAACUAUGUGGUGAAAAUGAUAGACGAGCUGCGGGGCGUGGAAGUGUCGCCAUCACAUGAAACUCUUGAUUCAGUUUCGGAAUCUCCGGCUGUUUCUGAGGACACAUGUAAAGCGAGCGAAUGAUCAUCUACGGUAAGGGAUUAAAAGGCUUCUUUACAUUUGUUCCAAGUUUUGUAAAUUUUGAAGUGUUGUCAGAGUAUCAAAUUUUAGCUGUUUAGUUGGGUAGUUCAUUUGGUUUUCUGUAACUGGGAAACGUCUUGAAUUCCAUGACAUAUGGAGCCAUACUUGAGCUUAGAUCCAUUUUUUAGUAAAUAUAUUUCCUCCUAAUAUUGGAAAUAUCACUGUUCCUAUAUUUGUUAAUUAUGCGUCAGGACUUUCAAGGACAAAAGUUACCAUUGUUCUUGUCGUUGAGAAGGUGUUUUUUUAGCAAAGAUUAGCGUCCUUAGACUGGGGGGAAAAAAAAGU